GCCGUAGUCAUUCUUUUAUUUGCCGCGUGCAUCACUCAGACCUUGGGCCUGAAUGCAUUAAACAACUAUGGAAAUAGCGUGUAUCCGGGUCGUUGUGUUGUGGAUAUGGGCAGUUCCGUAGUGAUGCUCAAAUUUGGGGAGUCUGUUAAGCUGGAUUCGCUGCCCUGCACACAGAUCUAUUGCAUUGGAGAUGGUUGGGGCAUGCUAGAAACUUGCGAUUACAUGCGCCCAGCGUAUGGCUGUCGCUACACAAGUUUCAAGGACUGGGAAGCGGACUACCCCGAUUGCUGCAAGCGUCACAUGGUGUGUGAUUAAAAUCAUCAAGUUAAUUGUUAGCUAAUUAACAUGUUUCGGCCUGUUCUGAUUGUUCAACAAUUCUUUGCAAUCAAAAAAUUAAUAAGUGAUAACCUCUAGUAUUUAAAGUUCAAUCCAGCUUAGAGCGUAUGUCGAAAAACGAUGCUGUUUGUAAUCAUAUGUAAAGAUAGAAUAGAAAUGUUUGAAAUAACG